AUGCGACACCGCUCGGAAAAGAAGAAGAAGCGGAGCGAGAAUCCGAAGGUCUCUCUCUCUCGGUUCCCGGUUCCCCUCCCUCAUUCCGUGUCGUUCAGGUGAGCGUACGAGUGAGUGUCCGUCCUUUGCGUGCCAAUUGGAAGCCGGUGAAACAAGUCGAGUGCGACGGACCCGUCCACACUCCGAGCCCCGCUCAAGACCAACUCGACAGCAAUGUGUGGAAGACGAAGAACGUGCGAACCGAGUAUUUGGAAGGUAAGAAGAUCGUGGUGACCGAGUCGGAGCCGCCGACUCCGGACGAAUGGUCGGAAGAGACGGAGAAGAGCUCCGAGUGUUCGUGCAAACAGAAGAUGACGGGGAAGACGGGUCUCGUGGCUCGGUGCGAUUGUCCAAAGUGUGAGCGCGCCGAUCAAACGCCCACUUCUAUGGAACUGUCGCCGAAAGAAACGAUCCCAGCGAUCCAGGAAGAGGAAGAGGUUGCGGAAAAGAAGAAAAUGGAGAAGAAGAGCGAGACAAAGGUCAAGAGAAACAAGUGAUCCAUCCGAUCUUCGUGUCUGAUUUGAGUACUGAAACUUCCAGAAAGACCUCUAUCCGUCGCACCAAAUCGAUGCCGCCGCCGCCGCCGCCCGUUCCUCCCAAUUCCGUGGCUUCUCGUGACAGUCAGCGGAAAUGGAGCAAGCUUUACAAGGAAGCCCAUCAUCCGAGCAAGAUGAUCGACUUGAAAAAGGUUCCCUCAUCGUCUCAAUGCCACGUAGAUCCCGUUUUCUCUUCAGAUCCCUUCCAUUCCAGGUCAGAUCGGAAUGUCCGAGCUCGAGCCGGAAGAAGUCGUUCCUCAGCACGAACCGCUCCUUCCGUCCUCUGCGAGCUUCUUCCACUCUUCUCCCCAAGUUCUCAAUCCACCGCCCGUCUCGCCGCUGUCCAUUUCUCUCCGUUCCUUUAACAAUCAGCCGCCGCUCGUGCCGCAGCUUCCGGUGCACGUGGAACCGCCCAAUGUGCAGGCACUGCCAGGCGAUCCCCUGGUGGUGAGCAAGACGCUGAGCACCAAUCCGCCCACGACUACCGAGCCGCCGCCAAAGGCGAAGCUGUCCGGAAGUCGUCAAUCGGUAAAGGCGAGAGUGAGGAAGUGCUCCUCGAACUCGUCCAACUGCAUCGUGAUGGUGCCGCCGGCUCCGGAGCUCCACGCCAGGACCCCGAUCUUCCGUAAGAUGGAGGAGUUGUUCUACGGCCAGGAGACCAGUUGGUGGCUCCUCGUGGCCCUCGUCACGCUCUCAAUCUUUGCCUACCGCUCUUCGAUCGAACAACACACGUGCUACUACGACUGA